CCGCGCACACUGGGCAUGCCCAGAGCCGGGUCACGCGCCCGGCAGCCCGAGGCCGGUGCGGACUCUGCCCGCGUCCGCCCCGGCCGGGCUGCCCAGCGCGCUGCCAUGGAGCGCAUCGAGGGGGCGGCCCUGGGCCGCUGCGCAGCCUCGCCCUACCUGCGGCCGUUCACGCUGCACUACCGCCAGAAUGGCACUCAGAAGUCAUGGGACUUCAUGAAGACACAUGACAGUGUGGCCAUUCUCAUGUUCAACUCUUCCCAGCAGAGUCUGGUGUUGGUGAAGCAGUUCCGGCCAGCCGUGUACGUGGGUGAGGUGGAACGCCAUUUCCCAGGGUCCCUGGCAGCUGUAGACCAGGAUGGACCCCAGGAGCUGCAGGUGGCACUGCCUGGCUCGGCAGGGGUGACAUACGAGCUGUGUGCGGGCCUUGUGGACCAGCCCGGGCUCUCGCUGGAGGAAGUGGCCUGCACGGAGGCUUGGGAGGAGUGUGGCUACCGCCUGGCUCCCUCCGACCUGCGCCGGGUCGCCACCUACAAGUCUGGUGUGGGACUCACUGGCUCCAGCCAGACUAUGUUCUACGCAGAAGUGACAGAUGCCCAGCGGGGCAGCCUGGGCGGGGGCCUGGAAGAGGAGGGCGAGCUCAUUGAGGUGGUGCACCUGCCCCUGGAUGGUGCCCAGGCCUUCGCGGAUGACCCGGAUGUCCCCAAGACCCUCGGUGUCAUCUUUGGCAUCUCAUGGUUCUUCAGCUGUGUGGCCCCUGGCCUGGGUCCCCAGUGAGACUCCAGGGGCUCAAGAUCAAGGCUGAUUCUGGCCACUCGCCCUACAGAUCAAAUAAAGGCUCGUGUGGCUCCA